GCCCAAAUUAAAUUGAACAGUUUUUUAAAGAAGUUUCGGCCAGACGUGUUUUGACUUCAUAGUUGCUCGCUUGCUGUGUUUGUUCCUCUUUCGUCUUCAUCGUUUCAUCGUUUUCUAUUAGGCAACAGAUUUAGUCUAUAACUUGUCUUUUCGGCUCACUUACUUUGAGUGAUGAUUAAUUGAUUAGCUUUUGAUUCAACCAUUCUGAUCGAUAAUCACACUGUUCAUAGAGAUGUCAUUCAUCAUGGAGUUUGCUGAGAACUUAAUCCUGAGAAUGAUGGAAGAUCCAGUUGAAAGAGACCGAAAAUUCAGAGAACAUACAUAUCACAUGAAGGAACGUUGUGCAAAAACAAAGGAAAUGUGGAGUUACCCAAUUCGCCCUUAUGGUUUCUGGACCUUUGAUCGCCACAAUGCUCAAAUCUUUUGGGAUGCCCAAAUUAGCCAAGUUGAAGGUCGUAGGGAUCCUUAUGAUGAUCUUCUCCAAGAUCAUCAAACUGAAUCAUCAUCCUCUUCCUCCAAGUAAACACUGGUUUGAAAUUUCAUAAAAAAAAAGGUUGUCCAAUCUCAGAAAUUGCAGGCAGGUACUUUCUUGUGCUAUUUUGAAUGUUCGCUUGAAUAUUUGUUAUUAAAGAUGUGUAUCAAGACUUUCUUCUUUAACAUGUUGAAUGAAUAUUAAUUGUAGUAUCAAGACUAUUUUUGAUAACUGCCAAACUUGGUGGAUGUAAUGUUGUUGGUGUGUGUUAAAUAAAAACUUUGUUUUCAGAAAAAAGGUAAUCCAGUUGAAGUA